AUGGUGGUCACGGGAAGUGUAGAUCAGGUCACUUUGUCAUCGCCAGAGACUUUACAAUAUUCGAUAAAAACACCUGUAGCGGCUCCUCCAAUGGGACUUGAGGCGAUGAUUGACCCAGAAAACGUCAGUUACGCUGGAUUGCAAAGUCCUGGAGACGCUGGAAAUGGCAGUUAUGAAGGUUUACAGAGUCCUGCGGAUGCAGACGAGUUUUUGGAGUUAUUGGGUCAUUCAGAGACUGAGGCUUCCCCAGAAGAUAUUCCUAUAGUAAAUUCAAGCGGACCUGCGGUGGCGCAUGAUCCUACGGAAUCUACGGUCGCCGGCUCAAAGCUCUUCGACGAUUAUCUAUCAUCUGGAACCAAUCUCAACAUUGAUGAAUACCUCAAGCAGCAAUCUGGGGACGACUUUCUUAGCUCUCUCGGUAUUGAUGCUGCGAUUAAAAGUUACAACGAAGAAGAAAGACUUGAGGAAGAGAAGAAACUGCAAGAGGCAGCCAAAAUAAAUUAG